AUGACGUCAACCGGUGGGAGAGUGUGUUCGCAAUUAAACGAUAGUCGUGGUCCAUAUGCCUUUCGCUUGAAUGGACACAACCAUCAUAGAAUUGGCACUCUGCUUCCAACUCAUGAUGAUGGUCGGCCUAGAUUUGCCCAAUUAUAUAUUUAUGACACGGCACAUGAAAUUGAUAAUCGCUUUUAUGCUUUAAGAAACUGUGUUCCAUCAUCUUCCGAUGAAUCCAUUUUUCGAUCGUUGGUGGUUGACUUGCUGGCCAUGCUUGAUGAAAAUAAUGCAUUAGUACAAGCGUUUAGGAUGGCUAGGGAGAGGUUUGAUGAUUCGUCUAGGCAACCAGUUACACUUCGCUUGCUUGGCACACGAAAUACACAGGCUCGUCAAUAUAACUUACCUACAGCUUCCGAAGUAGCUGCAUUAAUUCCAAGUGAUGGUAAUCCGACCGACUCGCGUGACGUCCUUAUUCAAGAGCGAGAUACUUAUACUAUAAAACGCAUUUCGGAGUUGCACCCAAGUUACAUGUCUUUGCAAUAUCCAUUGCUCUUUCCUUAUGGGGAGGAUGGGUACCAUCCAAAUAUUCCGUUAUCACGUAAUACGUCAGCAAGGAGGAAAAACAUAUCUUUAAGGGAAUACUACCGGUAUCGUUUACAUGUUAGGGGUACUGAAGCUAGAACAUUGCACUUAUCUGGCCGUUUGUUUCAAACGUAUGUCGUUGAUGCUUAUAGUGCUGUUCUGGAGAGCGAAUUAAACUGGUAUAGGCGAAACCAAACCACGAUUCGUUCAGAUCUAUAUAACGGAUUGUAUGAUCAUGUAUUUAAUGGAGAAACAAGGUGUGACUUAGUUGGACGUAGGGUUAUCCUACCAGCGUCAUUAACCGGGGGGCCAAGGUAUAUGCUACAACAAUAUCAAGAUGCAAUGGCGAUUUGCCGUUGGGCUGGGGCACCAGAUCUGUUUAUUACUAUGACUUGCAACCCGAGAUGGCCUGAAAUUGAACGUCACAUUAGUGAUACCACACCUGGGCAGACAACAUCAGAUAGACCAGACAUUCUUGCACGUGUUUUUAAAAUUCGACUUGAUGAGCUCAUCAAAGAUAUAAAGAAAAAAAAUCAUUUUGGCAAGACGAGGGCCGUUAUUUACACAAUUGAAUUCCAAAAACGUGGACUUCCGCAUUGUCACGCAUUGGUUUUUCUAGAACCUGCAGAUAAGAUUGGUACAACGGAAGGUAUUGAUAGAUAUAUAUCCGCUGAACUUCCUUCUGAAUUACAUGACCCGGCUGCUUUUGCGGUUGUUAGUAAGCAAAUUGGUAUGUUGGUUAAGUACUUAUUCACGUAUCUUAACAAGGGACCGGAUCAUGCUACUGCUGUCUUGGAAGGUCCGAACAGUACAACGACAUUUGAAUCAUUGUUACGAAAUGAAAAUGAAAUUGAAGAAUAUAUUAAUUGUCGUUACAUUUCAGCGAUAGAAGCGUGUUGGAAGCUGUUUUCAUUUGACAUGAAUUACCGGUCAGUUGCGGUUGAAAGACUACCAUUUCAUGAAGAAGGUUGCAAUAGAGUCUACUUCCGUGACGAUGAUGAUGUUGCUGAUGUAGCCCAAAGAACAACAUCUGCCCUUUCCAAGUUCACUGCAUGGAUGGAGGCAAAUCAUGAACACCCAGAGGGUCGAAAUUUAACUUACGUUGAGUACCCAACUAAAUACACGUGGCAUGAAAAGGAUAAAAAAUGGAUGCCAAGGUAUGGUGCUACUACUAUUGGUCUUAUUUAUCAUGUGAAUCCUUCUAUGGGUGAGAAGUAUUAUCUCCGUUUGUUAUUAAAUGUUGUUCGGGGUCUACGUAGCUUCAAAGAAAUUCGUACGGUUGACGGUGUCGAGUAUCCAACAUAUAUGUCAGCUUGUAAAGCACUACGUUUACUUGGAGACGAUGUUGAGUGGGUAGAGGCUAUACGUGAAGCCUACCAGUGGAAGCUAGGGGAUCAAUUGCGUGAGUUGUUUGUGACAAUUCUCUUAUUCUGCACUGUUAGUGAUCUAUCGAAGUUAUUUUAUGAUUGUCUGGAAUACUUAUCUGAAGAUGUUGCUUACAAACAAAGAACACUUCUAGGUAACCAACUUGUGGUGUUCACGGACGAGGAGAUACUUAACUACACGUUGGUCGAGAUAAAUUCUAUUUUGAACAAUCACAAUAAAUCGUUGGCUGACUUUCCAGCUCUACCUCAGCUUGAUCCUCAUUUAACAGAUGUUGGUUCCAAUGAGUUGAUUAUUGCUGAGAAACAAUAUAACGUGCAAGAGGAAACUGUGAAGUUCAAUGAGCUACAUAGGGGGUUGAAUGCUAUGCAAAGGCAAGUGUUUGAUGCUAUACUUGAUUCAGUGAAUAACAAAAAUGGGGGCGUUUUUUUUGUGUAUGGCAGCCGAGGGACAGGUAAAACGUACUUGUGGAGAACACUUAUUGCUUGCCUUCGAGCACGUAGGCAAAUUGUAUUGUCCGUUGCAUCCUCCGGAAUUGCAUCUAUGUUAUUACCCGGGGGUCGUACUGCACAUUCAAGGUAUGGAUUCGAGGCUGUCGACCGAACCUUUAGAGAUAUUUGUCGUGAUAACAUGGUUGACGCUCAACAUCGAGUGUUUGGGGGAAAGGUCAUGGUUCUUGGAGGCGAUUUUCGCCAAAUUUUACCGGUUGUUCCGCAUGCACCACGUAGUCAGAUUGUUGCGUCUGUUGUUAACAAGUCAGAAACAAUAUGGAAUGCCUGUAAGGUAUUUCAUUUGACGACUAAUAUGCGCUUACACAAUCCAGCUAUGAGUAGUGAUUCGCGCGAAAGAAUGAAAACGUUCAGCAAUUGGAUCUUGGCCAUGGGGGCCGGUCGCCUUCCUUCAAUUUCAUUGGUAGGGGAAGAUGAAGCCACGUGGAUCAAAAUACCUAACGAUCUUUUAAUCCCGGUUUGUGACAAUCCGAUUGGGGCAGUGGUUUCCAAUACCUUUCCUGAUAUUAUAGACAGAUUCAAUGACAUUCACUAUUUAAAAGAACGCUGCAUUUUGUGCCCAACGAAUGAUGAGGUCGAUAAGAUCAACCUUCACGUCCUUGAAAAAAUGCCAGGUGAAAUUCAAGAAUUGUUAAGUGCUGAUGAAAUAUGCCAAAGCACAAACAACUACGAUGAUAUGUGCGCUUUGUAUCCACCCGAGUUUCUUAACACCUUGAACUUUUCUGGGAUUUCAAACCAUAGGUUACAGUUAAAGAUCGGUGCACCAAUUAUCUUGAUGCGUAACUUAAAUUUGCAAAAGGGGUUGUGUAAUGGUACACGGUUGGUGGUUACGCAGAUAAGUCGGCGUGUUAUUGAGGCAAUAAUUAUUACUGAUGUUUAUGGUGCACUACGCGCAUGGGGUCCUAUUACCACUGAAUUUGCAACCAUUCAAUCAUGUAAUUGGGAGAUGCGUCACAAAGUUUUAUCUGAUGAGCGUGGCAACAAACUUCGUGUUACGUUAUGGGGCAAAGCUGCACUCAAGUUUACUAACGAGGCCAUCCGCAGUUAUGGAAAUAAUCAAGUUUUGCAAACAAUUAGUCUACUUGUAUAUAAUGACUUUAUUUAUGUUAACAGUGAGGUGCCGCCUGUCACUUUCACAGUGGAUGAACAAAGCAACGAGGACAUGAGCGUUGUUAGUCUCCUUGACAUCUCUGAUUAUAUAAAAAAAGGUCUUCCUAAGGGAAAAAUGUACAAUGUCGAAGGCACAAUAAUUGGUGUUGAUUUGAAGGAGGAUUGGAAUUAUAAACUGGCUGUCGAAUUAUGGAACGAAGGAAAAGAGAUUACAUGUGUUCUCUUUGACGAUGCUGCAAAUCUUCUUCUCGAACUUACGGCUGAACAAUUGAUUGUAAAGAGCUUAUCAGAGGGUCCUGAUGAUCCGUGUUGGAUAUAUGAAUUUUUGAUGGAUACUUUAUGUGCUCAGCAUGUAAUCUUUAGGAUAAAAGUUGAUGAAUACAAUUUGGCACCUACUUAUAGUCCACGCUUCACCGUAUCAAAAUACUUGGGUGACGAAAUCAAUAAUCUUGCUACCACUACACUUCCUUCAACAUGUCCUUAUGCUGAUGUUCUUCAUGACGAAACUACCGAGUAUUUAGCUCGGAUCAAUGAUGACGAAUGGGACAUGGUACACGAGUCAUUAUGGGGACCGCGUGUUUCGCCGACACAAUCUAAAACGUCGACGUCAUCGGUGAUUGUUGACAUGGAACAUGAGGUUGAUUAUGACAUUUCUAAGUCUCCCCCAACAAACGAUGCCAAAAAUACACCAAACUUGUCAGAUGCGGACCAGACAACGAAUCAGCAAGAAGAAACUACGUCAUCGGUGGUUGAUAAUGUGGAACGUGAGGUCGACACUGACAUUUCUAAAUGUCCCGCAGUAGAUGAUGCUAGAUGCACACCAAAUUCAUCAUAUGUCCACACUGCAGCAAGUCAACAAGAAUCGGUGGUUGUUGAUGUGAACCAUGAGGUUGCCUCAGUAGACGAUGCAAAAAAUACACCAACUUUGACAAAUGGGCACCAUGCAUCAAGUCAACAAGUCGAAAAAAGGCCAUCUUUGAGGUUAAAGAGGACGAUCCAAAAGCCGAAAAAAUUGAGGGAGUAA